AUGUUGGAAAAAUCGAAUAAAAUUUCAGUUAUGAAAAAAUUAAUUGGUUUGGGUGAAACAGAGGUCAAGCAGUCCAACGGCUAUAUUGUGCCACAAAAUUCCACAAAUAAUUUCUAUGAAAAGGCGGGUCUCAUUGAAACAAAACCCAAAGAGAACACCACCCUAAAUCAACUACAGAAGCCGCCUGCUAACCAGUGUCCUCAUUGCGAAAACAUGGCCAAGAAUUUCCUCUACUUGGAAAGUUUGAUACGGACAAAUGCCGUGACUCAUAACGGUAAAUCAAAAUGCUCUGUUUGCCAUUCAUCUCUGUGCUAUUUGGAAUAUGUCAACAAAAGUAUUUUGGAAGUUUUUGGUGAUUUUGAUUCGAUUGCAAAGGCGGCAAAGGCAUUUGGAAAUGAUCCCUCAAAAGCCAUGAAGAAGAUGAAGAGAACUGGUGACGGAGAAAAGAAAUUCCCAAACAAAAAGCCAUUAAUGAUGGACAAUGUGGGCGAUACUGCAAAAUGUCUAACAAAGCCUAUUUUGGCCAAGAAACAAAUGAAGAGGAUCAUCACUCCCAGUAAACCCAAAUCAAAUGUGGAAAAUUUAGAAAAUUCUCAAAUUGUCAGUAGUAUGUCGGGACAU